UUUUCCUUUGUAACAGCUGGCUUCAUCUUUGACUACUAUGAAAACUAAUACUAAGAUGCAAGAGUUACGCGAGUAUUUAGAACGAUACGGACGGAUUGUUCGGCGCGACUGGACAGGCAAAGUUUUCGAAGAUGUCACCGGACCAUGUCAUCUGGCGCCCGAACUUGUUCAGGCAGCGUGCCGGCAACUCGACGAGCUGCCUUGUGUUACCCGUUACCUAUUGAGUAGAUAUGCUCUUCGAAAAAGAGCAUUCCUAGCGACCGGAAUCUUCAAACUACCAUAUCCCAAACUACUGAAGCUGCAUUUGGACGACGCGAAUCAGAAGUUACCUAUUGUUAAAGCACUCGUUGAAGGAAUGAAGUACCGGUAUGAGGACGAUGGCAUCUCACAGUUUCAAGCAAAUGUAGCCUACACCCGACUACCAGGUCUCGCCCUAUUCACUAUAGAUCGUUACGACAUCGCGCAGGCUUCAUCGCUGGUGCAAAUCAGUAUAAUCUACGCCUUUGAUGCUAUUCCAAUGCUCUACGUUGUCCCAUUCGAGACGCCUAUUGAAGUGAUUCGCAACGCUUUUCAGUCCACUUUUCGUUGUCCCUUGAAGCCGGAGCGCAUCGCAGCCGAAGUAAAACUUCACUUUGCUAUAUUACAAGAUGCUUUGCACCUAGGCCUCGAAUCCGGCCGUUUUACCGAACAACUUCAGCGUCUUCUGCAUUUCAAAGAGGACACGCUUUGCCACAAGAAGCGCGAACCGAACCUAACGAAGUAUCCGUCAGUGCAUGUUUGUCCCUUUGAUAGUGUAGUGUUCAGGUCAAUUAACAAUUUCAAACUGGUUGUAAAAGCAAAGCAUAAUCAGAGUAUCCUAGAAGUACUCUACAAAAAAGAAAAAAAUCAAGAGAUUGUUGUGUCUGUUAACACUAUUAUGGAUUUGGCCAAUGGAAAAAAGAACAGUUUCUUCAUAUACGGUCUUUCAAGCAUGCAAGUUCACAUAAUUGGACGCACACAGGGCGAACAGGCCCUUGGAAAAUACCCUACAGCGCCGAAGUGCCCCUUCGAUACUGUUUCCCUUGAGUCAACUGAAGGUUUUAAGCUUGUGGUAAAGGCUAGGCUGGGUCAAAAUCUUCUAAGAAUGCUCUGUGAGAAAGAACAAAACCAGGAGAUCAUUGUGCCUAGGCAUAUUAUUAAGGCACUGGAGAAAGGAAAGAAAAACGUUUUCUCCUCUCAAGAGCUUUUCGAAGCUGAUACACGCCCUCAGGCUCUUGUGAAAUAUCCUCCAGUGCUCACUUGUCCCUUUAAUGAAGUUACGUUUCAAAUAGCUGAAGGCGCAGAGCUGAAAGUAAAAGCACGCGGUGAUCGAAAUGUGUUGGAGGUGCUUUACGAGAUGGAAAAAAAUGGCGAAAUAACCGUUUCUGAAGAUAUUAUAAAACAACUGAUCGAUGGAAACGGGACCAUGUUCAUCAUUAGAGAUGCCUCUUAUUUCCAGUAUCAUGGACCUGGUCAUGUAGAGCGCGAACCAGCCCUCAUCAAGUAUCCGGCCGUAGGUUUUUGUCCGUUUUAUGAUGUUAUCUUCCAGUCAACCGCAGAUUUCGAACUAAUGGUAAGAGUUAAACCUGGCCAUAAUCUUAUAGAGAUGCUCUACGAGAAGGAAAGAAAUCAAGAGAUAUUUAUGCCUAAGCAUAUUAUCAAGCAAUUAGCCGAGGGGAUAAAAAACGUUUUUUCCUUUCGAGAACUUUUUCGAGAUGACACAGUUUCAUCAGCAGAAUGGGAACCGUCGGCCUUAAAAGAUCUUUCCGGACAGAGUUGCCCCUUCCGUAAUAUUACACUUGACUUAUGUCAGGGCUUUCGGCUCGUCGUAACAGCAAAACGUGGACACAAUAUACUAGACGUACUUUACCAGAUGCAACAGAAUAAGAGGAUACUUGUACCUGAGACCAUUAUUAAAAGCUUGGUUGAUGGAAAACGCAAUGUGUUCAACGUUCAAGAUUUUUGCCAUAAUAAUAUUGUAGCACAUUCGAAUUGA